AUGGUAUUGGGGCUGCCUGAAAUCCAAAAUAGUGAUACCGAGUGUCAAGGAUGCGCACUGGGGAAGAAUCACAGAGAGUCAUUUCCCAAAGAGUCAAAAUGGAGAGCAAAGGAGCCAGUAGAAUUGCAAACACCAAGUCUGAGUGGAAACAUAUAUUUUAUUACCUUCAUAGAUGACUAUUCAAGAAUGUGUUGGGUUUAUUUUUUGAGAAACAAAUUAGAGGCAUUCCGUGUGUUCAAGAAGUUUAAAGCUAUGGGAGAGCUUCAAUGUGGAUAUCAUGUAAAGAAGUUGAGAACAGAUAGGGGAGGAGAGUUCAUCUCAAAUGAUUUUGCAAAGUUUUGUGAAGAUCUGGGGAUAGAAAGACAGCUCACCGUUGCAUACUCUCCACAACAGAAUGGAGUUGUAGAAAGGAAAAACAGGACUGUUGUGGAGAUGGCAAAGUGCAUGAUUCAUGAGAAGAAACUUCUUUACAACCUCUGGUGUGAAGCAGUGAACACAUCAGUGUAUCUGCUAAACAGAAGUCCUACAAAAGCUUUGGAGAAUAUUACACCGUUUGAGAAAUUCAAUGGAAGAAACCCUGGGAUUAAACACCUGAAAGUGUUUGGUUCAGUGUGUUAUCCUCUUAUUCCAGGAAAUUUGAGGCACAAAUUAGAAGCAACAAGUGCCAUAGGUGUUUUUAUUGGAUAUGGUGUUUGUGAGAAAGGGUAUAGAAUAUUGAAUCCAACGACUCAAAAGGUCUUGCUCUCUAGGGAUGUAAUCUUUGAUGAGAAUGGCAAAUGGGAUUGGGAGAAGCACAAAGUCAAGGAAGUUUGCAUUCCUCUAUCUGCAAGUAAGCCUUUAGACAUGGGUAGGAUGGAUGAAAGGCUUGAAUCUCAGGACCAAGUGAUAUCUGAUGGGUCUCAAAUUGAAGUUAGACAUUCUCCAGUCACUAACUUUGGUGAUUCAAGUAGCCUUCUAUCUACACCUCAGUAUGAUGAUACACCACUGAGGUACAGGAACUUGAGUGAGAUUUAUGAAAGAUGUUAUCUGUGCAUUGUUGAGCCUGAAUGUUUUGAUGAAGCUACACAGGAUGAGGCAUGGAAAAAGGCAAUGGAAAACGAAAUGAAUAUGAUUGAGAAAAAUCAGACAUGGGAGUUGGUAAGAAGACCAUUCGAUAAGCCUGUGAUUGGGGUCAAAUGGGUGUAUAAAACAAAGUUGAACUUAGAUGGCUCGGUUCAAAAGAAUAAAGCAAGGCUAGUUGCAAAGGGCUAUGCACAAAAGCCCGGAAUAGAUUAUAAUGAAACCUUUGCACCUAUGGCAAGGUUAGACACCAUAAGAACUCUUAUUGCACUAGCUGCAAAGAACAAUUGGAAGCUAUACCAGUUGGAUGUGAAAUCUUCCUUCUUAAAUGGUGUGCUUAAAGAGGAGGUGUAUGUAGAUCAGCCCGAUGGAUUCAUUGUGCAAGGAGUGGAGGAUAAAGUGUACAAAUUGCACAAGGCCUUGUAUGGUUUGAAGCAGGCACCUAGAGCAUGGUGUGGAGAGAUAGAUUCCUACCUUGCGCAGUGUGGUUUCAAAAGAAGUAUUAGUGAAGCAACAUUAUAUACCAAGUGCAGAAAAGACUCAGAUAUGAUCAUUGUGUCUAUAUAUGUUGAUGAUAUAGUUUAUACUGGAAAUUCUCAAGAGUUAUUACAGGAGUUUAAGACUGAUAUGAUGCAUAAGUAUGAAAUGAUAGAUUUGGGUUUACUACACCAUUUUCUAGGAAUAAGGGUUAUGCAAACUGAAUAUUGUAUCUUCAUACAUCAGAGAAAAUAUGCCUCAACUCUGUUGAAGAGGUUUGGGCUCCAGGACUGUAAACCUGUGAGCAUUCCCCUAGUACCAAAUGGUAAACUGAGGAAGGAUGAUGAUAGUGGAGCUGCAGAUGAAGCUCAAUACAGGAAAAUUGUGGGAAGCUUGCUGUAUUUCACAGCAACAAGGCUUGACAUAAUGUAUGUUGCAUGCUUGUUGGCAAGGUUUAUGCAUUGUCCUACAAACAAGCAUUAUGGAAUUGUAAAGAGAGUUCUGAGAUAUAUUCAAGGGACUCUUGAUUUUGGUUUGGAGUACAAGAAAGGAGAAGGUUCAGUUUUGGUGGGUUUUUGUGAUAGUGACUAG